AUGUCAAACAGCAUAUACAUAGUAAACAAACAAGAGGGCAUCAUGGUCUAAAUUACAAGUCAAAUAUUUUUAGCACAAGAAACAGGUUAAAUUGGAAUUUCACGUUUUAAAAUUCUUAGUUUCAUACUGUACUCAAAAUGUUUCCUUUACUUAAAACUCUGGUGCGGGCGUCUUCCAAAAUGUCACACCUAAACCGACUUCCUAUUGUGCAGAACUUGGCAUUCAUGAAAACUACUAACGUCUCAGAUAUCUUGUCACACAAAGAAAUAGGUGUUUAUAAAAAACUUUUUGAUAAGAUGGAUUCAAACAAAGAUGGAUUUUUAUCCAAGGACGACUUGAGGAAAGGUUUGAAGGACUUUGUGAACUACACUGCCACUGAGGAAGAAUUAAAAGAAACCAUGGAUACUCUGGACAGUGACAAAGACGGUUCGGUCGGGUUUGACGAGUUCAUAGGCUACAUUGCUUGGUCAAGACAGAUGAGAACAGAAGAAGCUAUCAAAUACGCAUUUGAAACUUUUGAUAAAAACAGUGAUGGUCUUAUUAACAAAGAUGAACUGCGUGAAGCUCUUGUAAGUCUUGGACUUGUACCAAAUGAAUCGCUUUUGAACAAUAUUAUGCUUCUUACAGAUAGGGACAGCGAUGGAAAUAUCACCCUUGACGAGUUUAGGAAAGUAUUUUAUAACAAAGCCUUAAGUGAAGACUGAGUACUGUAAUGUUUGUAUAACUAUCGUAAAAAUAUUAAGUAGGCAAGCUGUAUGUUUUUGUAUAAAAUACCUAUAAAGACUUACACCACACAACUAACUCUUAGUUCAUUACCUAUUCUAAAGUAAAUUGAGUGGUUUGCAAGCUUA